CCACCAAUCAUAAGUCGUAUAGGGUUGUAAAAACAUCAAAUUGAAGCUGCGACUUUGUUAUGUAAAAUAAUAGGCUGUAUAUAGCCUCCGGACUGGAAACACAAUUGCUUUGAUUACGAUCGACCGAGGAAACUGCCGCAACAUGAAGGGGGAAGUCGCCCAAAUGAACAGCAACGGUCAGGUCCCUCUCCAAAUGAACGCAAGCAGUCGAAGACAGGAGGCCACAGGAGGCCUGUGGGACUCAGUGAUGAAAGCGGUCAUCGUCAUUGGAUCUAGCCUCUUUGUCCUGGCAGCCUUCGGGAACUCCUUAACAUGGCAUCUGCAGAGGUUUUGGGGAGCAUCAGGAGACUUCUGGCAAAACCAGUGGACUAAAGUGCACCAGAGGUGGGAGGGACACGAGACAGCCUUGUUCUAUGCCGGGGCGAUGUUUGUGCCCUUUGUGGCUUUCUGGGGGUCCAAUCUUCUGCUCAUGCUGGUUGAUUACACUGGAAUGCCCAACUUCAUCACCCGUUACAGAAUACAGGUGGACAAGAACAACCCGGUUGACCCAGUGAGGCUGCGCCACGCUGUGAAGACUGUGGUCCUCAACCAGCUCUUCAUCUCUGCUCCCAUGGUGGUGGUGUGCUGGGCGGUUAUGUUUUAUAGGGGGAAUCCCUGCGGCCCAGAGCUGCCCACCUUCCACCGAGGCCUGUUGGAGUUGGCCUUCUUCGCCGUGCUGGAGGAGGUCAUGUUCUACUACUCACACAGGCUGUUCCACCAUCCUGCCCUCUACAAGCAUUUCCACAAGCAGCACCAUGAGUGGACGGCUCCCAUCGGAGUGGUCUCUCUCUACGCCCAUCCUCUGGAGCACGUGCUGUCCAACAUGCUGCCUGCUCUGAUCGGCCCUGUGAUCCUGGGUUCCCACCUUGUCACAACCACCCUGUGGUACGCUCUGGCUCUGGUCAGCACCACCAUCUCCCACUGUGGCUACCACCUCCCCUUCCUGCCCUCCCCCGAGUUCCACGACUACCACCACCUCAAGUUCAACCAGAACUUUGGAGUCCUGGGGGUUCUGGACAGAUUACACGGCACCGACGCCAACUUCAGGAAGACCAAGGCCUACGAGCGUCACACCCUGCUCCUCAGCCUCACCCCUCUGACCGAGAGCAUCCCAGACCCCCCCAAGAAGGUCCAGUGAUUCUCCCCUAACCCAAACGUCACUUCUGACCUUCAGCUACAUCCCAAUAAUCUCUCCUUACUUCUGUAGUGUGCACUCAUUCACUACUCCCCAUACAGUUAAAAGCAUUGGAUUGGUGUAAGCAUGGGCUAGAGGAAAAUGUAUGAUGAAGGGAAGUGAACAAGUGCACAGAGAAAGGAGAGAUUAUUGGGAUGCAAUCAGAGUAUUCCCAUCCUCAAGUCUGGCACUGGGAUGGCUCCACUCCCGCUGUUCCUUUCUGCUCUUGGUAGUAGAUACAGUUGAGUCCUUAUUAAAGGUAGAGUCAGCCAAAUGACGUUGCACAAGCAGCAACGCAGAUAUUGUGAUGAGCAAGAUGCAAGACUUCGCUCUCACACAGUAUAUGCGCAUGUGCAGGGGUUCGCUUCACACUCUUACAACGUGGUAGCCACGGGACCAAAACAGCGGACAUACCUCAUUUUAAUUAUAAAUCCCUAUAUUUUAUAAUCCGAUUGUUGGAUGGCACUUUAUUACCGUAAUUAGCACUUAUUUCUUUGAAUGUUUCCUGUGUAACUUUAGAAAACCUUUAAUAAGCUUACUAAUAUCAGUAUGUUAGUAUGCUUAUUGUAUUGUUAGUAAGUUUGGAUUCUGGGCCAUGGAAAACCAUACAAUCAUCCCAUCCUUGUCACCAUUUGUACAAUCUGUAAAUGGGUCCUUAAAGGGAUGUGUUCUGUAGAGUCUGACUCCUAGGUUGAGAUUUGGGAGUCAUCAUAGAUUUUUACAUGACCCGUAAUUCAUAAACUGUGCAUUGUUGCAGAAUAAAACCUUUGAAACAAA